CAAUUUAAUCAGUGUGAUGCCAAAUGAUAAAUCAAUGAUAUCAUAGUAAGAAAUAUAUCCCCGAAUUCGUUCGAGAAGUGAGUGAUUUAUUAUGUUUUGCCUUCGCGUAAUUGCGUGUGUGUUAUUAUUUAUAAUUGCAAGAGUCAGCGGUGGGGAAAAAUCAUGCAGGGUCAGGGACAUUCCGGGAUUAAUCCCGCGCGAAAUUUGGGAAUUCUGGACGGGAUAUUACUGCUACAACUACUCAAAUAAUUAUCGCCUCUUGUUCAAAUACAACGCAACUGGGGGACACUACAACGGAUCGACCAUCCCCCUAGCCAUGAUUAACCCCACGACCGUCGUUCCCUUCGACUACCGCAACUCCACGUCCCGCUCCUACAUUCGCAAGUCCUUCAAAACCGACCAUUUCUUCCAAAUGUGGGUCGACUGUUGCGAAGAAGCCGUCGACUGUUGCGACAAUUUCAUGACCAGCGCCAACACCCAACCCACCCCGGAACACCCAUGCCCAGCCAUCUGGGACGGCUGGAGUUGCUGGGGCCCUGCCAAAGCCAACACUGUUGAAAAAAUGAAGUGCUCAACCCAGGCCUACUCGACCGAUUCGGACGUCUGCGAAUUAAUGAGCGAGAAAACGUGCUUCGCUAACGGCACCUGGAACCAGAAAACCGACUACGAGGUGUGCGCCGUGGCUCCGGUGCUCCGGAGCCGGCACACUUUCAACGUCAUCGUGCUGGCCGUGGCGACCGUGUUGUCGUUCCCGGCCGUUGCGAUUUUUUUCAGUUUCCGGAGUUUCCGCAACAACUUGCGCCUGAUUUUCCACCGGAAUCUGCUCCUAGUUAUCAUGAUUCGGAACCUCUUGACUAUAAUGUCCAAAGAGAUUAUUAUUCUGGACGCUUUGAAGUCGUCAGGGUCCAACCAUGUGAUGGACGGGAAUGGGGUCGCGUGCCGCGUUUUGGCGUUUUUCGAAAAUGCGGCCAAAAAUGGCAUGUAUGCCUGUAUGCUGGCCGAUGGGUUUUACCUCCACAAGUCGAUUGUGAGGGUGUUUGCCGACGAGCCGAACAUUGUCUACAUUUAUGCAGUAGUUUUGACUUUGUCUUUUCUGCCGUCGCUCAUUUGGGCGACGACACGUGCCGGUCAUGGAGGUACCGACUGUUGGAUGGUUGAUGAUAAUUCAAACGAUCAGUGGAUUCCAGAUGGGUUCCGUAUUGCAAUCCUCGCAAUCAAUUUUUUGUUGUUGUUUGACAUAAUCAGGGUCAUGGCCUUGAAACUGAAACGGGGGAAUACCAGCCAACAAACAAAAGCAACACUUCGAGCCACUUUAUUCCUGAUUCCACUAUUUGGUGUGCAUAUUAUUUUUAUAACAAACCGGAACAUUGUUCCAAGUCAUACGUGUCAAGCCGAGGAUAUUUAUUACUACUUGAGUUAUGUGAUGGAGGGGUUACAGGGCGUCAUGGUUGCUAUUCUCUUCUGUUACAUAAAUGCAGAGGUCCGCGGAGAGUUGAAAAAUGCUUACAGAAAGUUUCUCCUGGCUCUGGAAUCGAGAUUUGGAAUUACGUUUGGGAAAGUGAGAGAUAUUCACAGGAGGCCAACUGCAGCAACGUAUUGUUAAUAAAUUAUUUUAAUAAAAAAUUGCUCGAUAUUUUUCAAAAAAUCUCUUUACACGUAAUAUUUUAUUGUACUUGUACGUAUUUAAUUUUUAAAUAAAACUGUGUUUAUAAUUCUGCAAAAAA